AUGGCCGCCACCGACACCUCCAAGUACAAGCUUAACCUGGAGUUUUACAAGUUCCUCGGACUCAACCAGAUCCGUCAGCUCGACUUCCCCGAAAGUAAUUUCUCGCUCUACUUCCUCGCCUACGACGGCCCGUCGUCGCUCUCUGGCGAUCGCCACUGGACGGACCGCAAUGGCGUUCUCGAGCUCACCCACAACUACGGCACCGAGAAUGACCCCAACUACAGCGUUGUCAACGGCAACACGGAGCCCUACCGGGGAUUCGGACACAUUGCCAUCUCCGUCGACAACAUCGAGGCCGCAUGCAAGCGGCUGGAGGACGCCGGUUACCCGUUCCAGAAGAAACUGACCGAGGGCCGCAUGAAGAACAUUGCCUUCGUCAAGGACCCGGAUGGCUAUUGGGUUGAGAUCAUCCGUCGUCAUGACGAGGAUGUUGGGACCUCGACUGACACAUCGACCUACCGGCUGAACCACACCAUGCUCCGGGUCAAGGAUGCCCAGGUCAGCCUGAAGUACUACCAGGAGGUCUUCGGGAUGACUCUGCUACGAACUGUCGAGAAUCCCGAUGCUGGCUUCAACUUGUACUUCCUGGGCUACCCUGGCGCCAACCCCAGCGUCAAGGAAGGCGCCAAGAACCCUGUGGCUGAGUGGGAAGGUCUCCUGGAGCUGACCUGGAACUAUGGCACGGAGAAACAGGAGGGCAAAGUUUACCAUGAUGGAAACUCGCAACCCCAGGGAUUCGGCCACAUCUUUUCACUAAUCCCCCAUGUAGGUGUUUCCGUGGACGAUCUGGAUGCCGCCGUUGCCCGUUUCGAGUCACUGAACGUGAACUGGAAGAAGCGUCUGACGGACGGCAAGAUGAAGAAUGUGGCGUUCAUCUUGGACCCGGAUGGCUACUGGAUCGAGAUCAUUCAGAAUGAAGCACUGAAGCGCUCCAGCAACUGUAUAAUCAUCGGGUUAGCUCUUAAAAGGUCUCAGCCAGCCAUGCAGCAGUCGUCGGAGCAGCCGAAGAAGGCCCCCCGCAAGCAUGUCACGACGGCAUGUGUCCCUUGCCGGGAGAGUAAGAUCAGGAACUGUCAGAAGAAAGGAAAGGAGUGCAAGUACCAGCAUGGGGACGAUAAAAGGAAGGUUUCCCUCCGUGCUGCCACUGAACUCUUCUCUGCGAGAAUUGAUCAGCUAUGCCAGUUUAUCUACGAUCAUGGGCUGGAGCCUCCCCCGAUGCAGCCAGAGGCCGAGCAGGGGAUGAACCGAGUGCUCGAUACUCUCCAGAUCCCGCGGGGGGUGGUGAGACGGCCUGGAUCGAACAAAGAGAACGUGCCAACCUCUCGGGUUGACGCCUUCUCUUCGUCUGCGAAAGCCCCGGAUCACAAUCCAGCCAUGCCGCUCGGUCGCAUGAGGGAGCCUGAUCCGGGGGUUCUUCCGCAGAGCUCCGCUGCUCCGGCUCCUCAUCCAGCCAUGAGAGCGGACCCAAGGAAUACGAAUGGCCUCACUUCCGGACCCUCUGCGUUGGACUUCUCCUUGCCGACGGCAGAGUGUCUAGACAACAUCUACGCCAAUAUGCAUAGUCCCAGUAACUCCUCUACGGAGAGAGAACGCUUUGUGGGUGCUGACUCUCGCUCUGUUGACUUUCUUGAUUCCGUGAACUCGGGCCCUCAACAGGCAAACAGGUUGAACGACGAGGUUUUCGAUUCAGACAGCGACGAUGAGGCGGAACGGGAGGUGAUUGAGCAGCUGUCCUCGCGAAUGGGGACCCUGAAGAUAGCGGGUGACGGCCACCUUCGUUAUUACGGCCCGACGUCGAACCUCAACUUGAUAGACUCCUUACCUGAGACGAAACAGCGUCCCGGGCCGGAUACACGUUCCGUCCGUCAUGAUGGCCAAGAUCUCUUGAACUACCUGCGGAUCGGACAGCCCGUCGAUCCUGCUCUGGAAGAUCAUCUGAUCGAGUUGUACUUUACCUGGCAGAAUCCCAGCUCGUACGUGGUCGAUCGAGAAAUGUACAUGAUGGCGAGAUCGAAGUGGAGAGAAAACUUGGAUGAUACCCCUUUCUAUUCAGAAGUUUUGACCAACGCAAUGCUGACGUACGUCUCAGGCAUGUCCAUGAGAUUGGCGUUUGACCUGGGCUUGCAUGUCGACAUGACCCCCUACGUCCAGAAAGAAAAUAUGAAUGCGAUGGAAGCUGAGGUGCGACGGGUGGCCUUUUGGGGCAGUUACGUUGCGGACCAUUUUUGGGGUUUCUACUUGGGCAGACCGUUCCGCAUGAAUGCUGGCGAUAUAUCUGUUCUCAAGCCAGCGUCGGAUCUCAGUCGUGCGAAAGAAGAGACGUGGUAUCCCUAUGGAAUGGCAGAUGCCCAAGCGAGGGGUCUCAGUCAAGGCCUCAAAAAUCCGAGUGAAUUGAUCAGUAGACAGUUUGCUGUCCUUUGGGAGAUGAUUUCUCCCUUGGGACAUAUUCUGUAUGGCUGUGCCGAUAUUGCCAAGCACGACCUGCAGCGAUUGAACUACAAAGUGACCGAGGAUCUCUUUGCCUGGAAAGAAAACUUGCCAUCCAAUCUGCAGGUUGACUUGGACAACGACAGCGUGCCGGUCUUGCCACACCUUCUGAUGCUUCAGUAUGUUAUGGGCUCUCCUUUUUGCUCCUCCUCAUCGCCAUUUGCAUCAGGCCGAUCUAACCAGUGCAAUAGUAUGCAGUACCACCAGAUUGUCAUCUUUGUUCACCGACCAUGGGUGUCGAAGAACUACAUUCAGCCCCAAAACCCCAGGCAAGGACCCGGGUACCUCCAUGCGCGGAGAAUGUGUAUUGAGUCUGCUACCGCUGUGGCCCGCCUUCUUCGCCUGUACGAGAAACACUACACGUUCCGGCGGAUCAACAACCAGGUGGUCGCCAUCAUCUUUACCGCCGCGCUCAUGCUUAUCUUUGUCACCAUUUCGACGUCGUCUCAAAGCCCUGGUCGGUCCAAGGGGGAUGAUCACGCCACCAUGGCGGCGCAUCUGAACGUCUGCUUCCGAGCUCUGGACGAACUGGGACAGUCCUUUGAGAACGCGAAGCGGACGCGCGAUUUUCUGGUCAGUCUGCAACGGCGAUGGCAGAAUCAUAUGCGCAAGUCGGGCUCCGCUUCGAAGCGUCUGAUGAGCACGUCGAAUCAGUCCCCGACCAGGGGGGACGUGGUUCGCGAUGGGAGUGGCUCGUCAUCCCGCACGAAGAAGUCGCGACUGGGCACAUCGAAGACGGACCAGACGCUGACGUCGGUUCCACCCCCGAUGUCUGCGCCGUCGGCCACUGGAGGCGUGGCUACUACCACUCAACCUCCGCCGCCACCGCCGAAUGUCGACUUUGAGGGCGUCGAUCUGAACUGGGCUCCGACCAGUAGCGAGUUCAAGUUCCUGUCGGAGAACCUGGGGGCACCCUUGUUGAACCAGGGGAACACGACAUAUGCGGAUGACGGCACGCUGUCGAACCUGUCCGACCUUGGGCCCUCAUGUACACACUGCGUAGAUCAGCCGGCAGUGCCUGCCGCCUGUCACCGCGUGGUUGCCGGGCAGGAGUUGGCGCCAGUGCUAGUGCCCGUGCCAGAAAGGAAGGAGCCAGGCAGCCCGCCGGAUUGGGUUAGCGCCGUGGCCACGGGGCUCGACCAAGAACCGUCUCGGCGGAGCGCCUUCCUAUUGGCUGCCGGCCGGCGCAGCAGCCUCCGGCGACCGCAGGCUGGCCCCUCGCCGUCCACAUCAAAACGCUCAACGUCUCCCGCGCGAGCUGGGGUCGCUGACUGCCGAGUUCUUCCUCGCCCUCACACCUCACCGACCGUUGGUCAUGCCACCCUUUCGCAGCGCCGCACGCGACCAGGGUCUGCAAUGGCACACAUGCCACUAUGCACUUCAUUCGUUAGGACGAGGACGGUCACCACAACCACCUCAAAAGCCGGCGCAGGACAUGCCUCGAUGAUCAUGCGUCGCCAUGCGGCGGCCUCUAUCGAUGACAAUGUUUCUCCAUCUCUGGCCAAGAAGUCUUUGGCCAGCCAGCAACCGCGACUAUUCGUGGACUUCAUUCAGACGGCUUUUCCCGCCAUGUAUACCUACAAUCAGUUUCGAUACGGAAGCGGCCCCGACUUCCCGGAAUAUAUAAGGAGUCUCUUCGGUUCCUAUCCGUUCCUGGACGCAACCGUUUGCUGUCUCAGCGCCGUGUAUCUCGCCCAUCUCGCCAAGGACCCGAAGCUGCAGAUGGCCAGCCAGCGUAUGUACUCUGACGCCUUGAGGAAGGUCUACCGGGGGUUGGCGACGGAUGCGGCCAUGUCGGACGCGAUGCUCAGCACGAUCAUGCUACUCACCGUCUACGAGAUGUAUGCGCAGACAACCAAGGACGCGUGGAUCUAUCAUGCCCGUGCGGCGAAGCAGCUGUUCCUCCGGCGUGGGGUCAAGGCCCAUAUGUCCGGGUUUGGUCGCUCUUGUUAUUAUUCAUUCCGGGCAUUCAUCAUCGCCCAUGCUCUGUCCGAGGGCCAGCCGUGCUUCUUGGACGAGGACGAGUGGCAGGAUUUUGCGCGCAGGGUUCUCGAGGAAGACUCUCAGAAACCGGGCGAGUGGUCCGCCUUCGCGCCCAUUGAGGACGUGAUUUUUAUGGAGCUGGUCAAAUGCCCUCGCUAUCUCAGUGAGGCGCGCGGGAUCACUUCGACGACUCCUCGCGACGAGGUGGUGUCUCUGAUCCAGCGCAUUCGCACCACCUGCUUCAAGCUGGAGGAGCUCAGUGACCAGUUGCGCUACUCCAUUGCCGCUCACAGUCAACGACAGCAAGGAAUCGUCACGAGACCGGGUAGUUUCAUCGGUCCCAUCCCCCACCAAGUCUUUCCGCUUACCGGCCCAUCGCUCCUCCUCCGGGGGGCCACCAGCGCCAUCACGACGCUCAAGAAGCUGUUGCAGACGAUCAGCGUCGAAGAAGUCGAGUCUCCACCGCGUGUCGAGGAAAUCGCCUCGCGUACUCCGUCGAUUACAUAUUCGAGCAGUGAAACGGUGUCAUCCGAGUCAAGCCCCCAAACCGUCAGCAGUGCUGAGAGCUCUACACGAACGUUUUCGCUGCCGUUUCGUAUUGUUUCCGAAGUUAGCCGCGGGCCACCACGCACCGCUGGCAAAGACGAUCCCGAGGCGGUUACAUGGCUGGACCGGAUUGCCUCGUCGAUGGGGAUGCUGGGAGCGGACAUCGUCUAUGAGAAUGAAGAUUCGAGUCCAGUCGUGUGUGAAGUCGAGUGA